UUUUCUCCUCUUCCUUCUUCUUAUACCACCUAUUUAAAUUAGCCCUACUACCACCAGGAAUAAAUUAUCAUUUUUUUCUCUCUUCUUUUGCCAAUAAUUCGUUUAGCAGUUUGGAUCCUUUGGAAUGAGUACGCACGAUUAUAUUGCCCACCUCUCUGCAUAUUCGGAUUCGGACCAUGCCCAUGCUGAACACCAGUUUGAAGAGACCGAUCUCAGAUUGAGUUUGGGCCUUCCUGUGGCUGAUUUGUUCAACAAUGAGAGGAAUUGGGGCAAGGCAGAGUGUAUGAGAAGGUUUGGCCUGCAGGGCUCCAGUGAAGAGGCUCAGGAUUCCUCACGCUACUCCAAUGAUUUUUCUUCCUUAAAUGAAGCAGUGGGCUGGCCUCCAGUUCAAACAUGUAGAAAAAACAUGGUUUGUAAGCCUCUUCACUCUGAAAACCAGAGGGGUGUGCAGGAAUCAAUGAAUGGCAACAGUGAGGAGAGUGGAGGAAGCUCAAACUUUCUCAAGGUAAUCAUGGAUGGUAUGCCUAUUGGCAGAAAAGUGGAUCUCAAUGCCUACAACAGCUACAAUAGCCUAGCUCUAGCACUGGAGCACAUUUUCCAGCCAUCUUUCAUAUGUAAAGAUGCAGUGAAGGGGUCCUCCAUUGCAAAAGAUUCAAAGAGUUCAUGGCUUUUGGAAGCUUCAUCCAGCUACUUGUUGACAUACCAGGACAAGCAUGGAAACUGGAUGUUUGUGGGUGAUGCUCCCUGGCAAGUCUUUGUCAAGUCUGUGAAACGUCUAAGAAUUGCAAAAGGGAAGCCUAGUUAAUGAAGGCACUGGCAGCUGAAGGUCUUCCAAAUCGAUACCUACCAUUUACAAAGCUUCUCAAAUAAAAUAUGAACAUUUCCUCUUUAUCAGUCUCAGGAUUAUGUUGUUAUUUUUGAGCAAUUUGGAAUUUUUUCAAUGUUAAACAAAUCUGAUAACAACAUUUCAACUAAGCACAACUCCGUGACUUCCAGUAUGAUAUCAAUUUCCUUCUCUCUUUAAAUACUCAAGUUUGUAUGUAGUACCAUAAAAAAAGGUUUUUUUUAUGAAUGGGUUUGUAUGCUGGGAAAGUUUCUUUA